CCUGUCAAAAAUAGCAUUUGGUCAAGUCCUUAUAUAAGAUAUGGUCUCCCACUAGGUUUGCUAGCUACAGCAGGAGCAGUUAUGAUGUUGAAAAGAAAUAAAGCAAAUGUUAUAAAUAAUACUGAAGUAGCUGAAUUUGAACAAACUCCGACACCAUCACAAACAACACCUUCAAUGACUCCUGAACCUAUGAAAGUACAAACUCCUGUUCAAAAGUCAACUCCUAAACCGACUCCAACAUUUAAACCAGAACCUACUCCUCAAAUAAAUCGUAAAACUCCUGCGUUUCCUUACUGA